CACCACGAUAAGCUCGCCGUAGUUAUGGCUAGUUUACCUACUGUAUACUCACGGCCCCACCAAGCUCGUCGUCGACCACUCAUACUAUAUGAAGUCGACGGGUAUCCAUAUGACUUCGCCGACGAGAAUCACGAUAAGCGAACGUUCAACAAACCACCAAAAUCCCUUAGAAGAUCCGUACAACGAGAAUAUCGACAAGAGUUCAAACUUCUCAAACCGGGAGUUCAUGCGCUCUGCCCAGAAUGCCAGGGCCUCCGUUUCGAUCCAGAACGCGACCUAAGUGAGGAAGAUGCUCCAUUCCAACAGGAUUCCUCCAACCAUCAGAGUGAGGAUGAUCUUCGCGGAGAUUCCAGCAGCGACGGCGACGGUAGUACAACUCCCGGCUCCCCGGAGAGAUAUGGAAACACGUCGACUUCUGAACUGUCGGUAGCGAGUUCCAACGAAUCGGUAGCUCUGGAGACUGCGGUGGACUCCCUUCUUGGAUCUAGCAAUGCUGGUUGCCAUCUUUGCACACUGGUAGUAGGUGCACUCAUGUCGGCCUUUGGUGAAGGGUGGCAUAAAGCGUUGUCUGCACCAUCAAUUUCGGUCCUCAUCACGAUCAACGAAUCGAGUUUAGUGAUAUGCUGCGGGAGCGAAAGGACUUCGCUGUCAAUUGGAGAUGUUCCUCCCGACUCAUCGCCAGUCAGAGGUCAUUCAAAGCUGUUUUACCCGGCCACUAUGGAUAUGAAAGAGGUUAGCAUGCCGUUGCCAGAUAACUGCUUCACCGUAAUGGAUUCUCCCGGAGCAACUAUGUCCAUUGUGGGCUCGUUAUAUCAUGAACUAAAGCCUAGAAGGCAUAAGAAGGCUGUUUUCGUUCCCUCAUCGACUUGGAAUAAACUUUCGGAACCCGUGCCUCCUCGUACCACGAUCAUAUUUGAAUACACUGAGGAAGGGAUGAGAGCUAGAUGGGAAAAUGCAAACGAGCCCUCAAGGCGGUAUAUGAACAUUUUCCCUUCCAGGUCCGAUUCAUACUAUUUGGAGCCACCACAUCCUUACUGCUCAUGCGGUGAAGGGCUCUGGGAAGCGUCCCUGAUACAACAGGGAGACACAUGCUACAUCCACCAGAAUCCACUGGGGAAUGGCUUGAUACAGCAGAUCAAACAUUGGAUGGCUACCUGCGAUAAGCUUCAUCCUGACUGUGAACGCGAAAGUGAGCGCAUUCAGUCACUGAGACUGAUAGAUGUGGGCUCGCCCGACGGCAAGCAGCUACCGGCUCUCAUAGAAGGUUUUGAGGAUACCCGCGAAGUUGAGUACAUCACACUCAGCUACAGGUGGGGGAACCCCUCCGCUGACAUGCUCACUACAACGGCGGAGACCAUUGACCAACGGAAAGCUGGUAUCCCUAUGGAACUGCUUCCAAAGACGAUGCGCGAUGCUGUCAUCAUUACCCGCAGGCUGGGAAUACGAUAUUUGUGGAUCGAUGCUUUAUGUAUCAUCCAGGGUUCAAGAACUGACUGGGAGGAGCAGUCCGCAAACAUGGCGCAAAUUUAUUCAAGGUCGGUCUUAUCCAUCUCAGCCCACGGAGCCCGCACCGUCCAUGAUGGCUUCCUCAACCCGAGGAAUCCGUUACAGGUCCGAGGAUGCAUCCACCCAUCCCUCAUUCCAGGGCGAAACGUAGUAAUUUGCCCCGACAUAAUCGAGCCAGACGCUGCGAUAGAAGGGAGCAUUCUCAGCCAGCGAGGUUGGACAUUGCAGGAACAGAUUCUGCCACACCGCAUUCUCCAUUGGGGCCCUCAUGAAGUAUCGUGGGAGUGUCGGACGAUGCGAGCAACGGAGAGGCGUCCGCUCGGAAAGUCUAAGGACUCGACCCGAAACAGCUAUGCCACCAGGACCAGUCCGAUGGAAGUCAGAAAUGACUGGGUAGGCCUCGUCGAAAACUACUCCAGAAGGCAGCUCACCGUACCGAGCGAUAAGCUCCCUGCGAUUUCUGGGCUUGCGAGUUCGUUCCAGCGAAACUUUUCGCCUCCUCCGGUGUAUAUCGCCGGAAUAUGGUACGAAGCUGCUGUACCCUACCUGGGGUGGCAUCGAGAUACUUGGGAUUACCCGCGAAGGGGAAAUUCCAAUGACAGCUCCACGACCCGAAGCGAGACCCAGGGCCACGGUCCUACCAGUCCGCAAGCUCGCGAAGUUCCCAGUUAUCCCGUGCGGAUGCCUACGUUCUCAUGGUCAUCGACGGACUCCGCGAUAAAAUUCGUGCAAUAUUCUCCAAGCCCAUUCGAUGCAGUUAUGGCCGAGACAGUGACGUACGAUCUAGACCUCGACGGCCGGUCUGAGUUCGGAGCUGUCAAGAGCGCGUCAAUUACUCUUCACGGAUAUACCAGCCGCCUACAACGACCCGAAACCCCGCUGGGUUAUGGCAUAAUCUUGGAUGAUGACCGCUUCGAGCUCGGGGAUCUUGGGGAAGACUGCUUGCUACUCCAUCUCUUCUGUUCUAUCGAACAAGGGGCGUUUAGGUGCUCGCAGGGAUUCAGUCGGGAGAGCGUAUCACAGCAUUCGCUGAUUCUUCUCCCGGAGGUCUCAAAGGGGCCUGAGACUUAUCGUCGGAUUGGCCUGAUGAACAGGAGCUUUUCAAGCUUGGCCGGGCCUGGAGAAGCACAUCAAAGUGUUUAUCCCAACGUUGUGGCCGAACUCGAGCGCUGGAUAACAAAAGAGAUAGUACUGGUAUAAGGAAAUAUCCUCGCUGGAUAUAGAUGUGAGAAGUUCAGGCCAUGGAAAUUGUUCUAGCUACUACCGAUGAAUACCGCC